AUGGGCGAUAAUUGCGUCGGCGACUUGACUGCCAGAGCUGAACAGCUGGCUCGGUCCAGUUCGAGUUCAGAUGCCGAUACCUUCUGUAGGACUAUUGCGGAUGGGCUCCAGGAGAAUUCGUCUUCGAGCUGCUAUAUUCUCAGUCAGAAGCCUCGCAUAGAAGCAGUCGCGCUGACAGGAUCCACUGCUCCAAAGACCAUCAGCUCGGCCGAGAACACCACCUCAAAUUGUUGGCCCACUCUUCCCAAAACUAAUGACUUGACGAAAGUAUUUGAAUACGAUCAUGUCGCUCAACUCAAUGAGACGGUACCUUGGCUGGGAUACACGCCAUUGAUCACCGUUUUUGCACCUUUAGACAACAACCCGGACAGGGAUAUUGAAGUGAAUCUGGCGUGCAUGAAGAUCGUGGAUUCCGACAACUUCAGCGCGAGUACAGAGACAAAUGGGACCGGUACUGCAAACCAGGAAGGGAAUGCCAGCUCAAUCAGGCGUGAUAGCUGGGCGUUCGUUGCGUUCUCGAUGGGCGUUUGGCUUAUGGCCUUGAUAUAG